CUUAAACCAAAACGAGGCUGUGGUGUACGAAAGUAACAUCGGCCCUCUGUAGGCUACUGUCAUAACGUUACCUACAAUGUCGUCGCAUUGUUGUGUUCCCAAAUGUACUUUUUCCAAAAGAAAUGAAUCUUAUACAGGUCAAACCUUCCAUCGUUUCCCCAAAGAUCCUGUACUUUGCCGUGAAUGGAUUCACAAAAUAAGAAGAGAUCCCGGUCGCCAUUUCAAGAUCCACAUGGACACAAAAGUAUGUUCAGAUCACUUCACAGAAGAGUCUUUUUUGAAGACCCGGGUUGGCAUGCGAAAGUUGAAGAAGGGUGCUGUUCCAACAUUGUUUGCCUGGACUGAUAGCACCGUGAGGCCAGCAAGGCGGUCUAUCCUCAGAGGAACUACAAGUCAUGCAACCACUGCAGUUGUUGAAGAGGAUGUCCGGCAGGUUGAUGUAAAUUCCAAUGAGUUAAGUGCAGAGACGGCCCCUCCACACCCCGAUCAUGAUUAUGCUGAACUGCCCCCGCCACUGGAGGAGCAACUUAAGGAAGCCCACAAGAUCAUCAACGAUCAAGCAGAAUUAAUUGCACGCCUUCAAACCAAGCAGUUUCUCCUUUCAAGAUUCCAAGGCGAUAAGAUCAUGUUUUUCACAGGCUUUCCUGAUUACAACACACUGAAAGCAGUGUUUAUGGCCCUAUAGCCUACUGCAGAAAACAUGGUAGGGUGGAGUCAGGCACAGCGAAUAAGGCAAGCUGACGGGGAAAUUGUAAGGCAGGGGUUUAGCAUUCCUAAACUGGCCGUCAUUGACCAGUUUUUUCUAUUUCUUUGUCGUCUUAGGCAAGGUUUUCCUGAACAGGAUCUUGUAGUGCGCUUUGAUGUGU